AUUGGAGUAUCAACAUCCGGUUGAAAGAUUUUGGUUUUGAAAUCUGCCACACAUCGGUAGCAGUAACAAGCUAGUUAUUCACAACAUUACUCUUACUACUAUUUUCUGCAUCGUAUAUUUUAAAUGGAUCACUUCGAGGAGGAUUUAGUCGCCGCAUUAAGAGAAAUUGUCAAAGACGGAAACUGGCAAUGUGUAGGAAAGAAGUGUGAUUUUGACUCACCAUGCACAAAGCUGUACUCUGAGGAUGGUGAACACAUUGUCCUGGUUCACACAGAAGAUGACAGAUUCUGGGCUAUGGAUUCAUCCUGUCCCCAUGAAGGAGGCCCUCUUGACCUCGGUGACAUCGAGGACCUGGGAGAUGGGAAGAGGGUACUGGUCUGUCCCUGGCAUCACUUUGACUUCUGCCUGGAGACCGGUGCCUCUUCCAUGGGACUACAGAACCAGGUGUAUGAGGUCAGAGUUGUCCAAGACAUGAUUUAUAUCAACACACAGAAUGAGCUGUGUCUAAGUCCCAUGUCAGAGACAGACACAACAUCUAAUGGCACAUUGUCAGCAGAUGAUGUCGAGCCAUCACCCUCUGAGGACACGCUGUGCUUCUGGGCUACAAAGAUCCUGUGCACACCGGACCCCAAAGAGAAGGUAGCCAUGACGCUGCAGGUCCAGGCGAGAUGGAACAGUGGGGAGAUAACAGAGGUGGGUCAGGCUACUCCACCUGUCCAGCCCAGCAGGAAGGAGAACCUGACCGUGCUGCAGCCGGGCAAAAUCAAGCGUGGCAAAGGUGGCACACAGGCUAGCAGGAUAGCCCUCCUCCACUCCCUGGCUAACAUAGAGCAGUGGGCUAUAGACCUGUCCUGGGACAUCAUUGCUCGCUUCUCAGCGGUCAGACUGGACACUGGAGAGCCGCUUCCCCGCCAGUUCUUCAGCGACUUUGUCAAAGUGGCUGGAGACGAGGCCAAGCAUUAUCACUUACUAGAGACGAGGAUCACAGAACUCGACAGCUUCUUUGGCGCGUUACCUGUUCAUAAUGGACUGUGGCAGUCAGCAACGGAUACGUCCCACGACCUGCUGGCGAGGCUAGCCAUUGUGCAUAUGGUACAUGAAGCCAGAGGCCUGGAUGUGCAUCCCCAGACCUUGUCCCGCUUCGCUGCCCAGGGGGACUGCAGCUCUGUGGAGGUGCUGGAGGUUAUCUACCAGGAUGAGAUCACUCACGUGGCCGCCGGGCUCCGCUGGUUCACCUACAUCUGUUCACAGGAAGAACGGGAUUGCUUAUCUACUUUCCAUGACUUGGUGAAGCAGCACUUUAAAGGUUACCUGAAGCCUCCUUUUAACACAGAGGGUAGGAAGACAGCAGGGAUGACACAGGAGUGGUACGUGCCUCUUGUAAAGCCUCCCAGUUGACAGACAACGUCCCCCGAGACCAGCAUGCUGUGACAAACACAAUUGCCGCGUCCCAGCGGGUGGGUGAAGCAGUUGCACACCAAAUCUCAUAACACCUGGAUAAAGGUCAAACUGUUACUAUUAUAAAGGUUUAAACUUUAACCUGUCAGUGGCCGUAUCAAUGUGGUAUUGCAAUCUAAUAUCUGACCCCAAUGUAGAUGACGUGGCAUUCGAUCGUUGGUUAAUUUGUGCAGCGCGACUGCAAUGUAGUCGGACUGGAACGGCACCAUUUACUCCUCUGGGAAGAAUACAUCUCUAAAACAGACCCCACCAUCUCUACAUUACUACAACUGUGAUAUAAAUAUUACAAAGUCCAAUGCAUUAUAUGGUAAUGAGGGAAUGGAUGGUUAAGAAUGAUGUCAUAGAGCAAAUGACAAAGGCAACAGAACCUUGUGAAUAUCUCAGAGUACACUUUUGUAAAUGUUUAUUUAUGCAAAUACAACUCUGUUAUUUUGGUG